AUGUCCCCAGACCUCGGCUUCCAGAGCCACUCACGGACCCGGCCUGAGGUCUCCCGCCCUCAGAGAGGGCGUUGGGUUGGCCGCCCGGCACCGGGACGGAGGGCGGUGGCGGCGCGGGGCUUCCGCGUCCGGGUCGCGGCGGCGCCGGGAGGCGGUGCCGGCGCGGCGGGGCUGGGGGACACCAUGGCCUUGCGGUGGUGGUGGCGGAGCGGCGCCUGGUGCCGCCGGGCGCCGCCGCUGGGCUCCGUGCCGAGCCCCGGCCCCCGCGCCCCGCCGGCCCCCAGCGCGGCGAUGUGUGACAUUACCCAAAGAAGUUCAACUUUCUUGUUUCCAAAAAUAUGUAGUAUAUUUUGGCGGUUUCAUCAUACAAGUACAUCCCACUGGUGCAGCUGCAGUAAGACAAUUAGUGAUGAAAAAUACCAAGACCCUUUUCAACUUGGUAGAAAAGACUUGAAGAAUCUCUAUGAAGAUAUUAAAAAGGAAUUGCUGGUCUCUGCAGCAGAACUUAAGGAAAUGUGUGAUUAUUACUUUGAUGGGAAGGGAAAGGCCUUUCGACCAAUGAUUGUGGUGCUAAUGGCUCGGGCUUGCAACAUUCACCAUAAUAAUUCCAAGGAGGUGCAGGCAAGCCAGCGCUCUGUGGCCAUAAUUGCUGAGAUGAUCCAUACAGCCAGUCUAGUUCAUGAUGAUGUUAUUGAUGAUGCAAAUUCUCGCAGAGGGAAAAGGACACUUAAUCAAAUCUGGGGAGAGAGGAAAGCUGUUCUAGCUGGCGACUUCAUCCUCUCAGCUGCUUCUGUAGCUUUAGCACGAAUCGGAAAUACCACUAUCAUCUCUGUUCUAACUCAGGUGAUUGAAGAUCUGGUGCGUGGUGAAUUCCUCCAGCUGGGUUCCAAGGAAAACGAGAAUGAGAGAUUUGCUCACUACCUCGAGAAGACUUUUAAGAAGACGGCGAGUCUGAUAGCAAACAGUUGUAAAGCAGUUUCAAUUCUAGGCUGCCCUGAUCCGAAAGUUCAUGAGAUUGCAUACCAGUAUGGAAAAAACGUUGGCAUAGCUUUUCAGUUGAUAGAUGAUGUGCUGGAUUUUACAUCAUGUGCUGACCAUCUGGGGAAACCAACAGCAGCAGAUCUCAAGCUUGGAUUAGCCACAGGCCCCGUCUUAUUUGCUUGUCGACAGUUUCCAGAAAUGAAUGCUAUGAUAAUGAGGAGAUUCAGUAAGCCAGGAGAUGUUGAACGUGCAUGGAAAUACGUGUUGCAGAGUGAUGGUGUGCAGCAAACGACCUACCUCGCCCAGCGCUACUGCCACGCGGCCACGCGCGAGAUCCGCAAGCUGCGGCCAUCCCCCGAGAGAGAGGCCCUGGUGCACCUGACAGAAAUGGUUCUCAUGCGAGACAAGUGAGAGAACUCCUUCCACUCGUUCUGGCAGCUACUUUACCAGACUGUGCCUAAAUUUAUUUCAAAAGUUAUUUGCUUCCAACACAAGCUACCAAAAAUUAUUUUUUAAAAAAAGACCUCCUUUUUUUUUUUUUUAAGUUUUACUUUUUUUUUUAAACAAAAGUUUAAAGUAUUUUACUGCAGGAAGCCAUGCAAUUCAGAGCAAAUCAAACUGUGCUGUACAAUUGUUUUAGUGGGGGCUAUUGAUUGUGGGGGAUGGGGAAGAUGUUUACAUGUUGAUGCACAAAGGCCACAAUGAGAAUAAAUGUAAAUCAGUGUAUGCAAACUGAAGCGGUUCCAAAUUUCACUUGUUUACACUAAUAGAACAUGCAAGUACAGGAGCUGGUAAACUCCUCUGAAGAGAGAGGGUUUGGAUGUUUCCCCGGCUACCUAACAGAAGCACCUGGAAUUGUAUCCAUAUAGAGAUAUUGGUUUACUAUAAAAGACUGCAUGUGGAUUUUAAUUGGCUAUUCAUCAGUGAGUUCAAUUCAUGCCAUUGGUGCCUACCUGCUAACAGUUAACAUGAUGCAGAAUUUGAGAUUGUUACCAAAUGAAUGUUUUUGUUCAGAAAAUGAAAGGCUCAGUAUUUCUAACUCAAACUAAAAAUGAAUGAUUCACCAGCCAGUCAAACCUGCAGCUCCAUCACUUUCAUCACUCAUUUAUAGAAUAUAUUCUGUAGCACCCUAGAAGCUGCCUUUGAAGUCCCAGACACAUUCCUCUCACAGUAAUUACCCAGUACUACCACAUUCCUUCUCAGGUUAUUUCAGCCACAGAAUCUGUAGAGCAGGGAAGCACACCCUCUCUGGCUAUCUCUGCCUGUGAUCCUUUAACAAUGGCCAAGUUCCUGUCACUGUGUUCCCCUGGGUGCUAUCUGGAGGACAGCCUGCUCCUGCUCCCUCUGCUCCGUGGGGCACGUCCCAAAGCCACACAGAGAGAGUUCCCACACAGAAUUUUCAGCUGCAGAUGGUAUCUAACUUACUGCAUCCAGGUAACUAGAUUCAAUCAAGAACCCUCACUGAAACUGAGUGUUGGCAGAAAAGAACUUAUUUAAGAGUAUGUGUAAGUGUGUAAUUCAGGUUUCAGAUCUAAUUUAUUUUCCCUCUGUCAGUGAUAAAG